UAUCGGUAGUCGGCACCCCAUUCUUGUAUUCCCAUCUUUUUUCUCUGCUUAAAAAAUUAUUCCGUUACUGCUAAGAAUCGCUCACUCUCGGCAUCUCGGUUUGCUUAUUUGUUCAAAUUAAAGAGUGAGCUCAGCGCACUAAGUAGCGGGGCUGCUUGCCGCUAAAUUAGCUUAACUUCAAUGGCAGAGGAAGCAAAUGGACGAGUGCAUGAUCUUAACACCAUGCUUAGCUCUUCAGAUCGAGACUUUCUUAUUCGCAACAACGGCCAACAGGUUAAGGUAGAAAGUUUAAAGGGGAAAAAGGUCGGGUUAUACUUCUCAGCAUCAUGGUGUGGCCCGUGUCGACGUUUCACCCCGAAGCUGGUAGAGGUUUACAAUGAACUCCUUCCAAAGGAUGACUUUGAGAUUGUAUUCGUCUCUGCUGAUGAAGACGAUGAGUCCUUUGCUGCCUAUUUCUCUAAGAUGCCCUGGCUAGCCAUUCCCUUCUCGGACUCUGAGACACGUGAUCGCUUGGAUGAAUUAUUCAGUGUCAGGGGAAUUCCACACCUUGUGAUUAUUGGUGAAAAUGGGAAGGUCUCAACUGAUGAUGGAGUUGAGGUCGUCCAAGAGUGUGGAGCAGAAGGAUAUCCAUUUAGCCCUGAAUGGAUUAAAGAAAUUAAAGAACAGGAAGAGGUGGCGAGGAGGAAUCAGACCUUGAAGACUAUCUUAGUCUCAAGAUCACGUGACUAUGUGGUUGCUAGCGAUGGGAAGAAGGUCUCCGUUGCUGAAUUAGAAGGGAAGACUGUUGGCCUGUACUUCUUCUUAUCGACAGUCGGUGGUCGCAAUGCUUUUACUUCUAAACUACUUGAACUUUAUGAGAAGUUGAAGGCAAAGGGAGAGAAUUUUGAGAUUGUGAUGAUACCCCUUGAUGAUGAUGAAGAAUCAUAUAAGUUAUGGUUUAAAAACAUGCCUUGGCUUUCGCUGCCUGUCAAGGACAAGGGUUGUGAGAAGUUAGUACGGUAUUUUGAGCUGUUUACCCUGCCUACUGUGGUCAUCAUUGGGCCAGAUGGAAAAACUCUACAUUCUAAUGUUGCUGAAGCAAUCGAAGAACAUGGCGUCCAAGCUUAUCCUUUCACACCUGAGAAGUUUGCGGAGCUUGAGGCAAUAGAAAAGGCAAAGCGAGAAGCACAAACGCUCGAGUCCAUUCUGGUUUCUGGAGAUCACAAUUUCGUGAUAGGAAAAGAUGGGGUAAAGGUUCCCGUGUCUGAUCUUGUUGGAAAGACUAUACUCCUUUACUUCUCCGCUCACUGGUGCCCUCCUUGUCGUGCUUUUCUGCCGAAGCUUAUUGAAGCAUAUCACGGGAUCAAAGCUAAGAACGAUGCAUUUGAAGUCGUCUUCAUCUCAAGCGACAGGGAUCAAAACUCGUUUGAUGAGUUCUUUUCCAAGAUGCCUUGGCUGGCACUUCCCUUUGGUGAUGGAAGGAAGGAAUCUCUAAGUCGAGUAUUUAAGGUGCUCGGCAUACCUAUGUUAGUUGCCAUUGGGCCUACCGGAAAGACUGUCACGACCGAAGCCAGAGAUCUUAUAACAUAUCAUGGUGCUGAUGCCUAUCCCUUCACGGAGGAGCGACUGAAGGAGAUCGAGGAGGAGUAUGAUGAGAUGGCAAAGGGGUGGCCUGAGAAGGUGAAGCACACAUUACACGAUGAGCAUGAGCUUGUUCUUACUAAGCGUCAAUCUUUCGUGUGUGAUGGAUGUGAUGAGGGGGGACAGGUCUGGUCAUUCUACUGCGGAGAGUGUGACUAUGAUCUCCACCCAAAGUGUGCUCUGGAAGAAGACAUGAUGGAGAUCACAGACGACGCAGAAACAGGAGUUUCAAAUAAAGACCAGAAAGAAGGAUGGAUUUGCGAUGGAGAUGUGUGCUACAAAGCUUGAGAGGCUGAUAGCUGCAAAGAUUCUGCCUAUUUUUUUGCGGAUACCUAACAAGUAUAAGCAGAAAUCUUGCAGUUUCUAUAUGAUGUUUAUAGUCCAGGUGUGUAUAUAUAUAUAUAUACACAUCACACGAGGGUUGUAUUUCUAUUAACAUCUAUUUCCUUCUUCCACCAUCGGAAGAAAUAAGUUUUAAACAAUGGUUACUGUAAUUUCUAGUAUUGUUGGCAGUGGUGGCAAUGUAGUAGAUCUCUUGUAUCUAUACAUAGCUUGAGUUGCUUGCUUUUUUGUAGCAUUUCUUCUGUGGAAUGCUAAGCGUUAACUUGGUAUGAUAUCAUCUCUAUACGCGAGCUUCUCUGAUAUAAUUGAAGUCAA